CGCGAGAACACCAAAGGCUGCUGACUGCCGGGCGAGCGGCGCAGAGGUGCCCGGCACACAGUAGGUGCGCAGAUAACGCGUCCGAUUUGGGGCUCGCCCCCCGCCAACCCCGGCCGGGACGAGUGGGGCUUGGGCCAGCUCGGCCCACACAGCCUCAAGUAGAUGCUUGAAGAGGGUUUGCUGGAGGGGGAAAAAAAAGCUUGAUGGAAUUUCAUCUUGACGGGAGACUCCAGAAUCUUCGGUCGUUGAGUCACUGGAAGUUGGGGAAGAGCCCAACCGGAGCCAGGAGUGCGGCCCUGAGCCUCCGGGGACGGGGUCCGCGUCGCGGCCGCAGAGGGGCCAGGCCUGAGAGCACACUUGCCCACCACCAGCAUGGCCCUGGUCAGCAUCAACGACCUGCCCGAGAACAUUCUUCUGGAGCUGUUCACGCACGUGCCCGCCCGCCAGCUGCUGCUCCACUGCCGCCCGGUCUGCAGCCUCUGGCGAGACCUCAUCGACCUGGUGACCCUCUGGAAGCGCAAGAGCCUGCGGGAGGGCUUCAUCACCGAGGACUGGGACCAGCCUGUGACCGACUGGAAGACCUUCUAUUUUCUAUGCAGCCUCCGUAGGAACCUGCUGCGUAACCCGUGUGCUGAAGAGGACAUGGGAUCGUGGAGGAUCGACUCAAAUGGAGGAGACCACUGGAAGGUAGAGAGCCUCCCUGGGGAGCACGGCACAAACUUUCCGGAUCCCAAAGUCAAGAAGUACUUCGUCACUUCCUAUGGCAUGUGCCUCAAGUCCCAGCUGGUGGACCUAAAGGCUGAGGGCUACUGGGAAGAGCUACUGGACACAUUCCGGCCUGAUAUUGUCGUUAAAGACUGGUUUGCUGCAAGAAAAGACUGUGGGUGCACCUAUUACCUCCGGGUACAUCUGGCCUCAGCCGACUACAUCGUACUGGCCUCCUUUGAGCCUCCACCAGUGACCAUCCAUCAGUGGAACGACGCCACCUGGACAGAGGUCUCCCACACCUUCUCCGACUACCCUCCAGGUGUCCGCCACAUCCUCUUCCAGCAUGGGGGCAAAGACACCCAGUUCUGGGCAGGCUGGUAUGGGCCCCGCGUCACCAACAGCAGCAUCACCGUCAGUCACCAGCCAGCCAAGAACCCUCCCCCUCCCCCCGUCCCCAUCCCCGUCGUGCCCAUCCCCAUCGACGCCCUGCCCGAGAUGUUCCAGGGCUGGGAGGACUUCCAGUAGCACUUGCUGCUUUGGCUCCUCAAGUCCCGAUGAUAACUGUCAUCCAACAGCCAUCCGUCCUCCUUGGGGUCAGGGUCUGCCAAAGGUGCCCUCCAGGCAGGAGUUGAGCCAGUUGUGAGCAGUGAGGUCCCUAGCCCCUGGAACACUUGCCCCAGUUCAGCCUUGGGCAAAGCUAUUGACUCGUGGUAAAUUAGUUACAACGUUCUGACAUUUUGUUGUAAUAAAUGUUUUCAGUAAAACCA